GAAAAGAAACAUGAUUAUUUUUCUUUUUGAUAAAUAUUUACCACCAAAAAGUAAAGCAACUAAGAAAAAGAGUGGAGGAUAAAUUACAAUCAUUUGUAAAUUGAGAGACAAGGGAGAAAGAGAUAAGGUGAAAGAAUGGCUAGCAGCAUUUUGAGUAGUGCAUGUUCAUGUGUGGAUUUUAGGAGUUGGAGAAAAUUAAGAUCAAGAAUGUUAGAGUGUGGUGUAUCUGGCAAAGGAAGAAAUCCCAUUUUUACAAAUGAUUUUGAAAUUGGCAAGAAGCUUUAUCUUGGUAUGGAUUUUGGAACAUCUGGAGCUCGAUAUUCUCUUAUUGAUGGUGAUGGUAAUAUUCAUGCUGAAGGAAAAAGAGAGUACCCCCUUUAUAUGAAAGAAAGAGGAAAAAAUGGACUGGAUACAAUCAUGGAAAGACACACUCUUUUUACUCCUUGAUGAUGUCCCGGUCAGUCUCCGAAAAGUUGUUGCGUCCAUUGCCAUCGAUGGGACCUCUGCAACAACUAUCAUCAUCGAUAGUAGGAGCGAAGAGCCAUUAUCGAGAGCAUUCCUGUAUAAUGAGAGCUGUCCUGAUGCCUUGCCUUUGGUGAAGUCUAUUGCUCCUGCAAAACAUACAGUCUGCUCUGGAUCCUCUACACUUUGCAAGCUUGUCUCAUGGUGGAACUCUUAUCCUUCUAGCAAGGAAUCUGCGGUGUUGCUACAUCAAGCAGAUUGGUUAUUGUGGCUGCUCCAUGGCAAGCUGGGCGUGUCUGACUAUAAUAAUGCUCUGAAGGUUGGCUAUGAUCCGGAAAUGGAUUCCUAUCCGCCUUGGCUUCUAUCUCAGCCAUAUUCUCAUCUUUUACCUUCUGUACAAGAUCCUGGUACUAAAAUUGGGUGUAUGAAAGAGGACAUAAGAACUCAGUUUGGUUAUCCAAAGGAUUGCGUUAUUUGUACAGGAACCACAGACAGUAUAGCAGCGUUUCUAGCAGCACGAGCUACUCAACCUGGAAAAGCCGUCACAUCUUUGGGUUCAACACUUGCUAUCAAACUACUAAGCUCCAGAAGGGUAGAAGAUGCUCGAUUUGGAGUAUAUAGCCACCGUCUUGACGAUAAAUGGCUUGUUGGAGGUGCUUCAAACACAGGGGGAGCAGUUCUUAGGCAACUCUUCACCGAUGAGCAGUUGGAGAAACUAAGUGAACAGAUAAAUCCCUUUGAAACUUCCCCUCUUGAUUAUUAUCCCCUUCAAGCAGUUGGUGAAAGAUUCCCUGUGGCAGAUCCAAAGAUGGAGCCAAGGUUACAUCCACGUCCAGAAAGUGAUGUUGAAUAUUUGCAUGGUAUUCUUGAAUCAAUUGCUCGCAUUGAGGCAAAGGGAUACAAGUUGCUGAAGGAUCUAGGGGCCACCCCUGUUGAAGAAGUGAUCACUUCUGGAGGAGGUUCUAAAAACCAAAAAUGGAUAAAGAUACGCGAGAGGGUACUCGGUUUGCCCGUGUGCAAGGCAGACCAGACUGAAGCUGCCUAUGGAGCUGCUUUAUUGGCAAUGAAGGGUGCAAUAUCUGAUUAGAAAAGUAUAAUGUUACUGGUGUUAGAGCUUAUCUAGUAAUUAUUAUGCUAUACAUUUAUGCAAUAUUCCUAUUUAGUAAUCAAGGAGCUUCUUAACCCAAAUUGUCUAUUUGAAGGAAAUUUCCAAAA